UUCUCGUAAAUAAACUUCGGACGUCUUCAUCCGGAUAUCUGGUACGGACUCGCUCUCCAACAUGGCGGCGGCAGCUAAGAAAAAGGGGAAUAAGAAGGGGAAGACACUGACGCUCACUGACUUCCUGGCAGAGGACAGUGGGAGUGGGGGCAAUGCUCCACCACCGCAACCCAGCUACGCCAAGUCCACCAGCUGGGCUGACGAAACCGAUGACCUGGAAGGAGAUGUGUCCACCUCCUGGCACACAGGGGAGGACAGUUACCGGGCCCCGGCAAUAGACCGCAACAUCCUGCCCACAGCGCCACGGUCGGCCCGCGAGCCCGAUGUGGACCGCUCGCGCCUCCCCCGCAGCCCCCCCUACACUGCCUUCCUGGGCAACCUGCCCUACGACGUCUCAGAGGAAUCUAUCAAGGACUUCUUCCGGGGCCUAGCGAUCAGUGCGGUGCGCUUGCCACGGGAGCCUAGUAACCCAGAGAGGCUGAAGGGCUUUGGUUACGCGGAGUUUGAUGACGUGGACUCCCUCUUGAGGGCGCUGACUCUCAAUGAGGAGAACCUGGGAAACCGCAGGAUCCGGGUAGAUAUUGCAGAUCAGUCCAACGACAAGGAGGGGAGAGACAAUGGCCAGAUGGGCGGACGAGACAGGAUGGGCCGUAUGGGAGACAUGGGAGGCCCUGAAAAGACAGACAGUGAUGACUGGAGGGCACGGCCCACUGCAGACGCCGACGAUGGACCCCCAAAGAGAGAGGAAUCCGCCUUCGGGUCACGCGACCGCUACGGAGACCGUGACGGGCCUCGAAGGGAAAAUGACCGCGGCUUUGGUGGCGACCGGGACCGCGGCUUUGGUGGCGACCGGGACCGCGGCUUUGGUGGCGACCGGGACCGCGGCUUCGGUGGCGACCGGGACAGUGGCCGGGACCGCGGCAGAGACCGCUAUGACGACCGGGGAGGUGAGAGUGGAGCCUUUGGCUCCCGCAGGGAUAGGGAUGACGGUGGGCGGCGUGCCUUUGGCAGUGGGUACCGCCGUGACGAUGACUAUCAGAGUGGCGGGGGUGGUGGUAGCCGCUACGGGGACCGGGAUCGCUACGGUGGAGACCGGGAGGACCGGUACGAGAGGCAGGACGAAGGGAGUGAGGAGAGACGUGAGGGUGGUCCCACCGAGAGGCCCAAGCUGGUCCUGAAGCCACGCAGCAUGCCUAAGGAGGUGGAGCAGGCCGGUGGUGGUGGGGCUCCCCCAGCUGCUCCGGCAGCCGCCCGCAGCUCUGGUCGAGCCUCCAUCUUCGGAGGGGCCAAACCCGUGGACACAGCGGCUAAGGAGCGGGAGGUGGAGGAGAAGCUCCAGAGGCAGCUGGAAGAGGACAAGUCCAGGGGCUUUGAAAGGAAACCCCGCGACAGAGACAGGGACCCAAGCUGGAGGAAUGAGGAGCCACCUUCUGAGCGGUCCCGCACAGGAAGUGAGUCAUCACAGCCAGGAAGUACAUCUGGAGGGAGAGCCUCACGGCGCAGAGAGAGCGAGCGCUCCGUGGAGAACGAAGUAUUCAGCGGUAAGGAGGACGACCCUCCCUCUCUCGGAGCUUGCCCCUCUUCCGCCAACUCUUCCACCUUCUCCUCCAAGGAGCCCCUCAAGGUGAUGCCUGCACCGCCACCUAAGGAGAAUGCCUGGGCCAAGCGGCCUGUGGUGAGCGCAGGGUCCAGCGAGGGACGUUCCCCUAUCUCCCCCAGUGACGCGGCACCCCCCAAACUGAGCUCGAGUUCUGCAAAUGAAAGAGGAUCUGGAAAGGACGAGAAUAAAGUGGACGGUGUGCGUCUGGACCGGGGCCCCCCACGGGGGAGAGGGGGGGCCGCGGGGCCUGGAGCAGGGCGGGGCCGAGGAGAGGGGGCCAACAGAAACCGACGAAGGGAGGAAGACAGAAAGGAUAAAAGAAGAAGCCGAGACUCGAGACCUGCCCCAGAGCCAAAGAAAUACGAAGAGUCCCCCACCCUCAAUUUCAGCUCAGCCAGUAAAUACGCCGCUCUGCUAAUGGACGGAGAGCAAGGAGAUGAUGCGGAGAACGGCGUGGAAUAAAACGAGAAGGGGAGAAAGAAGAGGAGAUCCAGCGAAUGAAAGAAUAUCACAUUAAAUAUGAAAAUCUCCUCACCUGGAGUAGAGGCACCUGGGGAAGUCAUCACUCCUUCCUUCCUUCCUUCCUUACUCAAAACCCAUCCCAGACGUCUUCCCUACCCACUCUCUUCAGGACUUUUCAGUUUCUAAAAAGAAUAGUCACAUACCGAACUUGUUUUAAAUGGAAAAGGAAAGGAGUAGUCGACACUCAAGAAAAUAUAAUUUAAUUAAUUGUAAUAAAUAAAUAAAGUGGUGUAAAAAUGAUUGCUUAUGUUUAUGGUAUGCGUUGGGCUCCGUCCCUCUCCACAGAGGAAAAGGAAGAAGAGUUUGUUACUGGAUGCUGACUUGCCAGGCUGACCUACUUGACCUUAUGUGCAGUAAAAAAAAAAAAUGCCUGUGUUUAUUUAA